AAUAGUAAAUUUAUAUUAAAAAAUACGUUGAGUUUGUAGACUAUUUUACCAAUAUACUUGUUUUCAUUAACUAUACAGUAUAUCUUUAAAAUCCUUUACGUGUUCCUAAAAAUAUUUGUGCAUUGUUUACAAUGGAACUCUGACAACAAAAACAGAUAUUAAUCCAAAAAAACUCCCAAUUCCAUAGCGUCGAAUGGCAUCAGUUAAGAUGGAAGUUGAUAAAGUUGACAUGAGUCUUGAUGACAUCAUCAAGCUGAACAGGAAGGAACAGCGUGCUAACAGGGGGCAGGGUCGAGGUGGAGGAGCUAGAGGAAGGGGCAGGGGAAGACCAGGGACAGGUAGAGGAGCUGGUGGUCAACCUCAGAGUGGCCGAGGGUUUAGUAGGGGAGGCUACCGUGGUCGCGGGGCAUCAAGAGGGCGGGGUUCGUCUCGAGGCGCCACAAGAGGAGGGGCAAAUAUAAGGGGUCGCGGACCAAACAGAUACCAGCAACUACAGCUGUCCAGUCCUGUACAGAAACUGAAGUUACAGCAACAAACAGCCAAACAGAUCACAAGGGGGAGAAGUCGAGGUCUUGGGACAAGGGGAGGAUUUAGGGGUCGUGGGAACUUGAGAGGUCAGGUGGUCACCAGGGGUCGUGGAGGUGCAAGGGGUCGUGGGGUCAGAGGUGCUAAGUCAGGAAUCAGAGGUCAAGGCCAGAGUUCACAGGGGGUUGUUGGGUUCACAAGCCUGAACCGACAAAGACAGCAGGCAAUGAAUGUCCUGUUGAAAGCAAAGAAAACACUGGCCAAUUUAGAUUCCCGACAACAGCAGCAGAAAGGCCGAAGGUCACUGGUUCUGAAUCAGCAGCGAGGCCUACAGAUAUCCACAAGCAAUCUAAGCCCGCGAGGUCGUGGGCGAGGCAAGGGGGGAUAUGGCAGUACUCUAUCCCUCACAACCGUGGGGUUGAAGACCCGUGGUCGUGGGAGUCGCGGGAGAUUAAAUGUGCAGGCUGGAAGACAAUUUGGCAGUACAGUGUCACUUAACUCUACAGGGACACCGCGUGGUGGGCGUGGCCGAGGGAGAGGCAGAGGGCGGGGACAGGGCAGGGUUCUGACACGGGUGAUCACAAACAGUGCCCUCACGGGUGGGGCUCAGGGAGGCAAGAGACGGAGAUGGCGCGUUCCUAACACCCAGACGGACGACUCCGGGAUUCUCACAGUAUCUGUAGCCAACUCUCCACCUCCACAACCAAAAAACCGGUUACCAAGAUACGAGGUUAACGACACUGACCCUUCGUUGCAGGCACAAAUCAGGAACCUGAAGCCUGCUACGUCAACAAAGUACGUCUUCAAGAAGGCAAUGUUUGCUCAAGCCACAACCACAUCUCUGAAUGAGCGAUUCUCAGAGAGCCCAGCCGGUUCCCAGCAGGCCAACCCAUCCACCGAUACCCUGGGCAGAAAAGUGUUCUUUUAAACCAGUAUUGUGCCAUAGUGGACACUGAGAUUUUAGUGCACAUCUCAUUUUGAAACACUGACAUAACAUUCUGUGCUCAUGUAUAUUCAUACAUUGUAGAUCAUGUUAUUAUAAUUUUGUCCAUUGUGUGUCUGAUUCUUUUAUGGAUUUCUUGAUUAUUUCUGAGAUGGGUAAACUAUAAAUCUGGAGUUACAAUUUUGGCACAUCCAGAUAGUUUUUGUUCUUAAAGGGACUAGACACCAUAUAGUCCAAAAAUCAGCAAACACUGUAUUUCCGCAAAACAAACCUAGAACUGUCAAUGCCAGCUAGUAGGAGGCCAAAAAUACAUUGGUUUUCCAGUUUAAAUCAUAUCUAUUUAUAAGUACAGAUAAAUAUAUAUACUAAUGUUAUUUUUAAACUUACUGGGAUUUAUGUGGUAGACAACCUGAAUAAAUUUGAAUUGGAAAAAAGCCCCAAAACUCUGAUAGAUGCAUGUGUCGUAAGGGAUUUGAUACAUCAGCAAGUAAGAUUCAAUGCAUUGUACACAACGAUAUCAAUUUUAUGCAAUUUUUUGACAAUUUUCUUCAUUUUUUUUUUACAAUUGUAUCAUCUGGUGUCCAAUCCCUUUAAACAUGAACUCUGUACGUUCUCAUUCAUGUAAAUACUUGCAAUUGUGAUGACUCAAUUUUUCUUACUGAAUUAUGCUGUUAUUUAGUAUUUAACCCUUCUGUCAUAGAAAAGGGGCCACAUCAGCUGCCCCUGGUUUAUCCCUCCAGUGAAAAGGCUUAUCUCUGAGGCUAUAAAGUAAACCUCGUUUUUGCAGCCUAUCCUACACGCGCAGUAUCCAAAUGAAACUUGGUACACACAUUGCCAGAGAUAGUACACACAUGGAUAACAAGGCCCAUAACUCUGACUUAAAUGAUUAUUGAGUUAUGCCAUCUUCAUUACAGAAAAAAAACAAAAACAUAAGUUUUGGCUUUCAAUCCGCAGCACUCAUGUUUUAGAAUACUUACAACUACAUAUAAAACACUAUAUGUGUAUCAUAAAAAUGACAUGACAGUUAGAAAAUGUGCUUUUUGCAUGGUAGAAAUCCAGUACUGUUAUACUGUUUUUAAAUAUUUGAAGUUUUACAGGGAAGGCAAUAUAAUUAUAUUAUGAUAUAUGGUAUGUUCGUGGGUUUUGGCUAUUUCAGUGUAUACUGGUUUAGGUGUUUGUAUGAUGGUAUGGUUGUGUUAGUAGGGGGAUAUUUAUGAAAUAUGCAAUUAUUAUUUUUAUAAAGAUGCAGUUUAAACAAAAAGAGAGUUAUUGAAUAUAUGAUAUAUAUGCCAAAAUGUGCUUACAACAAUCAUGAAACAAAUAAUUUCUAAACAUGCAACGUUUUUCUACGAAAUAUUGGACAUUGUCAUUGAUCAAACUAUUAAACUAUUUGUCAGUUAACAUUGUCACAGUUUUGUGAAAUGCACUAGGGUUUUACCUAAAACAGUUAUGGAACUUGGGCGCUGUACCCUGCCCUUUGUUGGUAGCACCCCUCUGCCCUCAAGAAGACCAGCAUGUGCACCUACUGCCUUCAUGGAAUUGGUAGCUUUAGAUAUUCAAAUAUUUCUUUUUUGUUUAAAAGUUAUGAUUAUAAUUUUAUAAAUAAAUACAGAUGUUAUAUACUUGGCAGAUGAAACGUUAAAUUCGAUCAAAAUUCGCUAAGUCAAAUUCGUUAAGACCUUGGAAAGUAUUUUGAGAUAUCAAAAAUUUGGUAUAACCGAAAUACCAUAAUUCUACAUAACCCAUCCCAUUUGACAUUAUACAGUUUGACGUAACCAGAAUAUUGAGAUAGCUGUUUUCGACAUUGGUCAUAGUUUUUAUUGUACUCUAAUAACACCAAAUUAUCCAACAGUUUUUGCUAAUUUUUUGAUACUCAAGUUCUUCAAAGCCUAAUACAAUGUGCCCUUUUAUUCUGAGCUCCCUGUCCUGUUUCAGCAGCACCCUGCAUAUAUUAAAAUUUCGCUAAAACCAUAUGUACAGAAAAAGUUGUGUUUUUUUUGUCAUUUAGUUUUACACAAAUUGCAAAUUACAAGUAUGCAAGAAAAGAAUCAGUGCUGUUUUUCUGAUCCAGACAGACUAUCUUGAUUUUAUAAAAUAUGAUUGAAUAAUGUGAGGUUUGUGUUAAUAUAUGUUUAUAUUGUUUGUUUUAUAUGUUUUAUAAUUAUUGGUGCUUUGGUAUAUUAUUAUCAUUUUGACACAAACUUAGGUAUUUUUUAAGUAUCAUGACAAAACAGGAACAGAAUUGUACAGCCAGAGAAUCAAAAAAUCUCAAAUCUUUGAAAUACGAGAUAUAAAGAAAUUAUUCCUAAUAUUCGUACAUAUACGGUCAAAACCCGUUGGCUCGAAAUUACAGGAACACGUGAGUGUAUCUUGAGCCUCAGAAACUUUGAAAAAAGUAGAAAGGCUUACCUUUAGUUAUAAUAAAUCAGUCCUUAACAAGGAGCCAAGGGAUUAUGAGCCAAUGGUGUUUGACUGUAAAACACAUAUCAUGUUAUUAUUUGUUUCAUCUUAUUUUAAAAAAGUACAAUAAGCAUACAUUAUGUGUUUCCAUGUAUAUGAAUUGCUCAUUUUACUAAAAAAUAUACUUUAUUGUGAAUUUGAAUGUUAAAUGCUGAAUUAUUAAGCAUUUUGAAUGCAGAUAUGAUCAAUGUUUUAUGGCUGUAAUAUAAGUGGUGUUGAACAGAUUUGUAUGUUUGUGGGCUGAUUGGUCAGAACUUUGUUUAAGUAAAUAACUUUGUUAACUUCGACGCUUUAUUGCUAUGAAAAUUUUAUCUAGACACUUUUGAGCUGUUGUAUUUCUUAUAAGGUUUAAGACAAAUGUUUCAACUGUGAGUCUAAUAUCUUAAUAUAUGAGCACAAUUAAGAAAUAUUACACACCACUGAGGGUCAUAUGACAUUAUAAGGACCGGCCAGUCAGCCACCAAAGGUGUAUAUGGACCGAGGCGUUAGCCAAGGUCCAUUCACCUUCGGGGGCUGACUGGCUUUAUAUUAAAACCUUAUAUUAUACCGAACACUUUUCAUUACUAGACAAUAUUUUAAAGUGAUUUAAAUGUGUUUUAUUUAACAAACCUGAUAAUGUUUACUUGCGACAAGUUUUCGCCGUUGCGAAAAUAGCAAGCCGCACUAACCAAUCGUAUGACGUCAUCGGUCCAUAUUACAUUUUUGGCGAGGUCCGGACCGGCCAAAAAUAUAAUAUGGACCGUUGAUGUCAUUAACCUGGAUUUUCAUCAAAAUACAGUGAUAUACGGACCGAUCGAGGUUAUAUAUAUAAAGAAGGAACACAUUUAUGUGAGGUAUAAUAUUACAAAAUAGUUCACCUUUGAAAGUUAACAACAACGCAAUUGACAAUUUUGUUAACUUUAACAAUGUUGAACAAUUGACUUUGUUUUAUAUUAAACCAAAUUAUGAAUGUAUAUUAUUUUAUUUUUACAUGAUCAACAAAAAGACAUAACUAUAGUGUUUUUAUCAUGACAAGUACUAUUAAAGAUUCAGUCAAUAACUAUGAAAACUUUUAUGUAUUUUUCUCAUAAUUUCGGCUACAAUCAAUAAAUAGUUUGUUGGCCAUCCACAUAUGACACAAAAAAUACCCUUGACCUGAAAGUUUUUAAGAUAUUCUGGUGGUCAUAUUUUCAAGUUCAUUUAUCAUGAUGGAUUUAGGGGUUAUAAAUUAACAUUACAAAAAAAUAAACCCAACCUGCCCGCCUCUCAACACGAAAGUUGUGUGAGGCCUAACAAACUUUAUUUUCAUUGUGACCUUAGCAGUUUUAUUUCCAUGCAUUGACGAUGUUUAUCUGAUGUCUUUAUAAAGAGAUAUGAUAAUAGCUUUAGCUCAUUUAAAUGUUUUUCAAAAUUAGCUUUAUGUCCCCCAUUAUUAUUUAUUAUUUUGUUUAUGUAGAAUGGAAAAACAAGGUUUGUAAUUUGUUUUUUGCUUAAGUGAAUAACUUUAAAUGCUUUAAUACUUUGUUAAAUGGUGAUAAGUCAGAAGUUUGAACAAAUUUAGGAUGAUAGCUUCAUUUCUUUAUUGACUGGUAGUCUAGAGACAUUGUAACCAUAAAUUAGUUCAUUGUACUAUAUGCCUCAUACAACAGUUUUAUUGACUAAAUAAAUGCCAAAAUAUAUUUCAA